UUUAGCCUGAGACACAGGACUGACUCAAAAAAAAAAAAUUAAUCUGCUCCAACUUUUUCUGUUCUUAGGGAGGAGCCUGUUUUGUGCUGUGCUCUUUUAGCCACUUUACCUGCUUUGUGUUUCUACAGUGACCAAGAGCGAAGGGAAAAUAUUAGAUCAUGUCGGAGUUCUGGCUAAUUUCUGCCCCAGGAGACAAAACGAAUCUGCAGGCAUGGGAGAGGAUGAACACGGUGACAUCGAAAUCCAACCUGUCUAUCAACAGCAAAUUCCAUAUUCCAGACUUAAAGGUGGGGACACUGGAUGCUCUUGUUGGUCUGUCAGAUGAGUUGGGAAAACUCGAUUGCUCUGCUGAAAGCGUAAUAAAGAAAAUAGCCCAGUACAUAGGAGAAGUUAUGGAGGACUCAAAAGAUAAAGUCCAGGAAAAUCUUCUGGCCAAUGGAGUUGACCUAAUUAGCUACCUGACACGGUUUGAGUGGGACAUGGCCAAAUAUCCCAUAAAGCAGCCGCUGAAGAAUAUAACAGAAGCAUUAGCAAAGCAAGUGACUCAAAUAGAAACAGACCUAAAGACCCGAUCAGCUGCAUACAACAACAUUAAAGGAAAUUUGCAAAGCCUGGAGAAAAAAACUGUGGGAAAUCUGCUGACUCGGACCCUAGCAGACAUUGUGCAGAAAGAAGACUUUGUUCUGAAUUCCGAGUAUCUUAUCACGCUGCUCGUCGUGGUGCCAAAGUCAAGCUACAUACAGUGGCAGAAGACCUAUGAAUCCCUCUCUGAUAUGGUAGUGCCUCGCUCCACCAAAAUGAUUGCUGAGGAUGCAGAGGGAGGACUCUUCACUGUGACCCUAUUUAGAAAAGUGAUGGAUGAUUUCAAGGCUAAAGCCAGGGAGAACAGGUUCAUGGUUCGAGAAUUUUAUUUUGAUGAGAAGGAACUGAAAUGUGAAAAGGAAGAGCUGAUGAAAUUAGCUUCUGAUAAGAAACAACAAUAUGGCCCGUUACUGCGCUGGCUGAAGGUGAACUUCAGUGAAGCGUUUGUGGCAUGGAUUCACGUAAAAGCCUUGAGAGUUUUUGUUGAAUCUGUCCUGAGGUACGGCCUCCCAGUGAAUUUCCAAGCAAUGCUGCUGCAGCCAAAUAGGAAGUCUGUAAAACGCCUGAGAGAUGUCCUAAACCUGGUUUUCAAGCACCUGGAUGAAGUCGCAGCAGCAAGCAUAAUGGACCCUGGCAUGGACAUCCCUGGUUUACAACUGAGUAAUCAAGAAUACUAUCCUUAUGUCUAUUUCAAGAUUGACCUCAGUAUUCUUGACUGCAGUUAA